AUGUCACAAGAUAACCUCACUGCAGUGUUGUACAAGACGAAAGAUUUACGUUUGGAGCAAACGCCGAUCCCCGAAAUUGCUGAUGAUGAGGUGCUCCUACGUAUGGACUGCGUGGGCAUCUGCGGCUCGGACGUCCACUACUGGCAGAGUGGCGCCUGUGGCAACUUCGUGUUGCAGGAGCCCAUGAUAAUGGGCCACGAGGCGUCGGGGGUCGUGGCCAAGAUUGGGUCGAAGGUGACGAACUUGUCGGUGGGUGAUCGAGUCGCCAUCGAGCCGGGCGUGCCGUGCCGCUACUGCGAGUUCUGCAAGACGGGCCGCUACCACCUCUGCCCCGACAUCAAGUUCUGCGCCACCCCGCCAAUACACGGCAACCUCGCGAGAUACUACAAGCACGCCGCCGACUUCUGUUACAAGCUGCCCAAACACGUGAGCAUGGAGGAGGGGGCCCUACUGGAGCCGCUGUCCGUGGGCAUCCACGCGUGCCGGCGCGCUGGACUGCAGGCUGGUCACAACGUGCUGGUGCUCGGUGCCGGGCCCAUCGGCCUGGUAACCAUGCUGGCGGCCAAGGCGAUGGGCGCCAGCGCCGUCGCCAUCACCGACAUUCUCCAAUCGCGCCUGGACUUCGCGAAGCAGCUGGGCGCCGACCACACCGUCCUGGUGAGCCGCGACACCGACGAGAACGAGCUGGUCGCGAAGGUGCACCAGUUGCUGGGAGAUCAGCCCGACGUGUCCAUCGACGCCAGCGGGGCACAGGCGACAGUCAGGGUUGCACUGCUGGCCACAAAGUCGGGGGGCGUGGCGGUGCUGGUGGGCAUGGGCAGCUCCGAGAUGACGCUGCCCCUGGCGGGAGCCGUCGCCCGCGAGGUGGACAUACGCGGCAUCUUCCGAUACGUCAACGAGUAUCCAAUCGCAUUGUCUAUGGUAUCCAGCGGAAAGAUCAACGUUAAACCGCUGGUUUCGCACCACUACACCCUCGAGGAAACCCUGGAAGCAUACGAAGUCGCCCGUCAAGGCCUGGGCAUAAAGGUUAUGAUCCACGUCCAGCCCAGAGACGCGAACAACCCCCAAAAAUUC